ACCUUUACCAGCUGUUUGGAGACAUCUCAAUGGCAAAAACCGUCGUGCUUCAAACUCAGCUCUCUGUACUGGCGAAAAAGGUGUCGGAAAACAAAGCAAUAUGCCCCUUCAUUACCGUGGUUCUAUCUUUCAUAGGGUAAUCAAAGGAUUUAUGAUACAGGGAGGAG